CACACCUUCCCCUCCGUAACUUUAAUGGGGACUUGGACAACACUGAGGGAAAAUGCCUGUGAUGAAAGGAUUACUUGCGCCGCAGAACACGUUUCUGGACACUAUAGCCACACGUUUUGACGGCACACACAGCAACUUCAUCCUGGCCAAUGCCCAAGUGUCCCAAGGCUUUCCCAUCGUCUACUGUUCCGAUGGCUUCUGUGAGCUCACCGGCUUUUCCCGGGCCGAAGUCAUGCAGAAGAGCUGUGCCUGUAAGUUCCUGUACGGGCCAGAGAGCAGCGAGACCAUCAUUCUCAGCAUUGACAAUGCACUGGAGGAACGCAAGGAGUUUAAGGAUGAGAUCAAAUUCUACAGAAAGACAGCUUCAGUGUUCUGGUGCCUUCUGGAAAUUGUCCCCAUUAAGAAUGAGAAGGGAGACGUGGUCCUCUUUCUGGCUUCAUUUAAAGACAUCACUGACACCAAGGCCAAGACCGCCCCAGAGGACAAGAGGGAAGAGCGUCGACGUGGGAGGUUGAAGACCGGCUCUCCCUUAAGGUCAACUCGCCUGCGGAGCAGUACUGUCCUCUACCACAUCUCUGGUCACAUCCACAACAAAGACAAAAGGAAGAAGAAGAGCAACAUAAAACUCAACAAGAAUGUCUUUGGGGACCCACCAGCUUUGCCUGAGUACAAAGUGGCGGAUGCCAAAAAGUCCAAGUUUAUCCUGCUUCACUUCAGUACAUUCAAGGCGGGCUGGGAUUGGCUGAUCCUGCUGGCUACCUUUUACGUUGCCGUGACGGUGCCAUACAAUGUCUGCUUCAUUGGAGACGACGACCUGACCAGAAGCACAACAGUCAGCGACAUCGCUGUGGAGAUACUCUUUAUUAUAGAUAUUGUGUUCAGUUUCCGUACCACAUAUGUGAGUAAGUCUGGUCAGGUGAUCUUCGAUGCACGGUUGAUCUGCAUACACUAUAUGACCACAUGGUUUAUCAUCGACCUGGUUGCUGCACUGCCCUUUGACCUCCUCUACGCAUUCAAAGUCAGUGUGGUGUCAGUCGUCCACCUGCUGAAGACCGUGCGUCUGCUGCGUCUGCUGCGACUCCUCCAGAAGAUGGACCGGUACUCCCAGCACAGUACUGUGGUCCUGACCCUGCUCAUGUCCAUGUUUGCCCUGCUGGCCCACUGGAUGGCCUGCAUCUGGUACGUCAUUGGCAAGAAGGAGAUGGAGGCUAACGCCUACUCCUGGGACAUCGGCUGGCUUCAUGAGUUGGGCAAGCGGCUGGAGUCUCCAUAUGAUGCUCUGGGAGGUGUAAAUGGGACGGGACUGAGCGGGCCGUCUUUGAGGAGUGUCUACAUCGCCUCUCUCUACUUCACCCUGUCCAGCCUCACCAGUGUGGGCUUUGGCAACGUGUCAGCCAACACGGACGCUGAGAAGAUCUUCUCCAUCUGUACCAUGCUCAUUGGAGCCCUGAUGCAUGCCCUCGUGUUCGGCAAUGUGACGGCCAUCAUCCAGCGGAUGUACUCGCGCUGGUCCCAGUACCACACGCGCACCAAGGACCUGAAGGAUUUCAUCCGGGUCCACCACCUGCCCCAGGGCCUCAAACAGCGCAUGCUGGAGUACUUCCAGACCACGUGGUCCGUCAACAACGGCAUUGACGCCAAUGAGCUGUUGAAGGACUUCCCAGAUGAGCUGCGUUCUGACAUCACCAUGCACCUGAACAAGGAGAUCCUGGAGCUGUCGCUUUUUGCCUCUGCCAGUAGGGGGUGCCUGCGAUCCCUGUCUCUGCAUAUCAAGACCACGUUCUGUGCCCCCGGGGAGUACCUGCUUCGCCAGGGGGACGCCCUGCAGGCCAUCUUCUUUGUUUGCUCCGGGUCCAUGGAGGUUCUGAAGGAUGGGAUGGUGUUGGCUAUACUGGGUAAGGGCGACCUGAUUGGCGCGAACAUGUCUGUAGAUGACCGGGUGAUAAAGACCAAUGCGGACGUGAAGGCCCUAACCUAUUGUGACCUGCAGUGUAUUAACCUGUCCGGCCUGUAUGAAGUCCUGGACCUCUACCCAGAGUACUCCAGCCGCUUCGUCCAGGACAUACAGAUGGACCUUACAUACAACCUGAGGGAGGGACAUGAGUGCCACGUUAUAUCCAGAAUGUCCUCCAAACCGUUUGACAAACAGACAGAGGGAAGAGGCAAUGGACAGGUUAUCCAGUGCUGCCCAUCCAUAAUUGAGAGCCAGGGGCUGGACGAAGAAGAGGAAGAGGAAGGUGAGCUGGAGUCUUUGUCUCCGGAAUCGGAGCGGAACAGCAUCCUGUACCCCAGUGAGGUGUUGUCUUCUGGUAGGUGUCCACCGGGUGGAGUCGGCAUGGAGAGAGAGUUUCAAAGCAGCAAAAAAGUUAUACAUCAAACCAGUGGGAAACCCAGGAAGAAGAUCAAGAUCCAGCAGACAUCUCUCACCACCCUAGACCCCUCCAACCUCAGCCCCAGGAUUGUGGACGGCACAGAGGACUGUGAAGAUACAGAGACGUCUCCACUGUUUUCCUUCUCACCCAGUCGAGGGUGUCCAGUCAGCACCCCGGGCAGCAUCCCAGCCACAGAUACAGAUUUGAUCCAGAUCAGCAGGGCAGAGUUAACAGCUAAAACUGAGGAGACCAGAGAAAAACUACAACACCUUGACAAAGAGGUGAGUUCUCUGGGAAAGGAGGUGUCAGAGAUGGGCCGACUCAUGAGGAAUAUGGCUCACCUGAUGGAGUCCCUCAUAUCCGGACACCACCCCCAGACCCUGUAUUCUGCACACCGCGUACCCGACCACCCAGCCUGCCUUUCCCAGCCGAUGCCCUCGCCCCACCAGUCCGCCCACCCUCAGACCGGACCUCUCUGGGCCGACAUGUCCCUCACCACCCCUUCAACUCGCACUCCUCCGCCGCACGUUAGCCUGGCCCAGCGGCAUCCUGGGACUUUAUUCCACGUGGACCCUGCCGUCGCCACCGGUACACUCAGACCCCAAGACCAUCACCCGGUCUACCCCUCCUGCCGCGGGCCGGACACUUCCCCCGUCUCCUCCCCCUGCCCUUCCUCCUGCUGCCCUGCGGACGUGUCCACGAUGCCCCCGCCGCCCCCCUCGCCCCUCAUCUCGCCCGGGACGCCCCCCCACCAGGGAGGAGGGGGACACCCCGGGUCUACCAGGUUACGGGCACACAGUUUGGAGACCCCCCCACAGCGGCUGCAUGACGUUGGGGGGACCAUAGAAGUACCCCUAUAUAUCUCUGGGAGCCUGCCCCGCACAGGACGGAGCAACCAGCACAUGGAUCUGUAGCGGAAUGAAGUGGGCUCUCACUUAGAGACUGGACUAAAGACAUACAGGAAUACUGAACUAAAGGGGUUCUGGACUUUGACAUGGUCUCUAUAUCAGGGGUAUACACUUAUGAUGAUAUCCUUGCAUUUUUUCUAUCUCCGUUUCUAAGGCACGUUUUUUUCUUUUUAAAUAGCAUGACAAAAAGCAGAGGGGCAGUAAGUGUCCUAGAGGUAACGACACGUUGUUUAGACGUUAGCAGACGUUCCUGUAGUGUUGUAGAGGGGUAUAGAAGCAUAAAGGCUGCUGUGACUUUGUCUUUAAGUCUCUGGAGAAGACCCUGGGGGUCUGGAGGAGAGGAGAACAGCAGGGCUACA